AUGGCACCAACGACGCUCUACCCGCGCGCAACACUCAAGAAAACCCUAAAAGCCCACGCGAACAAGCCGCUCGCCAAAAACGUGGACAUCCUCGUGUUUCUAAAUUACACGCUUUUCCUGCAAGAGGUUAUGAAGGAGGCGAGGAUAGAGUCAAAGAAGGCGGGGGAGAGGGGGGUAUCGGCGAGGAGUGUGAGGAAGGUUCGGGAGAACUGCUUGAGGAAGUUCAAGGGUUGA